GUGUGAGGCCGUCCACUCACAUUUGUUAUCUCUGACCAAGGGACAGUUUGAGAUUCGAUACGCGCCGUGGCUGCAGUGGACAGCUUUUCCAGAGGUUUGGCUUGUGAACAACCUUUAGAAGUACAAGACUUUGCAGAGUUUGCCCAGAGGCCCUGGUUAUCUGCUCAUCUUUCCUCUCCUCCAUCCGCUAAGCCCACCACCCGUGAAAAGGCUGGAGGGUUUUGAGGGAAACUUGGACUAUUACGCAGUAGCCCUCGUCCAAGCUAAGAAACAUGCUCGGAACAAAGGAAGGUUUGGGAUGCGUCAUCCGUAUGGGCGGUGGGGAGUAGCUGGGUAUGCGGGUGUUGGUCCUGGGACACACGAGCAUGGACCGCUCCAGGAAAAGAGCAGAGACCUCACGGACAGACAGUAAGGCAUUCUUUAGACAGUGGACAGGGAAGCCAGCUGGUUUGUGGAGGGCAUAGAAGGGAGGAGGUGAGUGUGGGCCCAAGCCCAGACCUUGUUCGGGUCCAGGCAUUGCACUUGGAGCACGUAGGAGCACAGCAGCACGGCGACUCUGCGUGGUCUUCCUCUCCAGUACUGUGGGUUUCCUGAGGCAGCUGGAGCGGUCGUUGCUUCUCCCCCUUGUAACGGGUCUUACCCAGCAGGCUGAGCUGCCUCUGUUUAUUGGCUUAGACCUAAUCAAAAUGGGAAAUAAGAUUUAGAUCAAAACAGCUGACUUUCCAAUUUGUAGUCAUGCCAGAUUUACUGCUUUCGGUGAACAUUUAAAUGAAGGAGAAAAAAAGUUCAGAAGUCCUUAGCUAUUAAGCAGUUUUUGAUUCUUUUAAGUAUUGUUACAGUUGAGUCUUGAACAAUGCAGGGCUAGGGUGCCCAGCCCUCGUGCAGUGGCAGAUCUGCACGUAACUUAGAGGACUCCCUCGGAACCGAACUGCUCGUAGCCUCCCUGACCACAGGCCUUACUGAUGAUGCAGGUGGGUGGUCCACACGCAUUCUGUAUGUUCUGUGCGUCAUUACGGGGCUUGUACAGUGAGGUCAGCUCGAGAGAAGCGACUAAGAAAAUCACGAGGAAGAGAAAAAUACACUUACAGUACCGCACUGUGUUUGUGGGAAAAAAUUGACACGUAAGCUGACCUGUGGCGUCCACAGCUGUGUUCAGGGGUCAGCUGUGGAUGUGUGUAGAAAAUGUUUACCUGUACCAAAAAGGUCAUGAAAACGUACCAGUCGAAACCUUUAGACGUUUGAAUUUCGUAGAUGGUAUUGCUUGAGAAAUGUUUCCUGCCGAUCACAGAUUCUGACAUGCGUCUUACUCUACACAGUUAUUUCCUGAAAUAUUUGCUGCUUUGGAAAGCCUCCAGGGUCCCGCCAUCUCUCUCGGCUUAAUGAAACUGAUGGCGUGUCUCGAACGGGCUUUGGGAGAUUGGCUUCAUGCAUGCGUUUCUCUGUGCGUUGUGGGGCCCCUCACUGCGCAGCUCGGACGCGCUCCUGUCUGCCCCGCAGGUGCUCGUCCUGCUCGGGAAGGACUGCCCCUUCCUUCUGCGAGACCUGCUUGCAUCUGAGGAGCUUGCUGAGGUCUUCGGGCGGCCUGUGAUGGACGUGCUGAAGGUCUUCGUCGGAUCCCCGUCUGGACUCAACUUGCGGAACGUCCUGUGGCAUGGGUUUGCCUCCCCUCAUGAGAUCCCACCAAAGUACUGUUCAAUGAUGGUGCUCUUGACGGCGGGGCUGGGCCAGCUGCUGAAGACGUACUUGGAGCAAACGAAACUUGUGCUGGCACACCGACCUUCCGUAGCUCUCGCAAACCUGGAGGAGGCGGCUCUUUUCCCUGGGCCCAGUUGUGUGGGAGGAACGCGCACGGACGCGCCAUCGUCAGGCAGAGCCCGCAGUUCACCUCAGGGUUGGGUCUUGUUCCUCUGUCUUCUGGAGACGUGUCUUUCCUUGGCCAGCGUGGCCAGCUGGUCCGCCCUGACGUCCUCCUCACAGCUGUGGCCGGAGUCACUAAAGAGGCGGUGGUGCACGUCCCUCUGCCCCCCCGGGGAGCCAGGCUUACCUAAGACUCUGGGCACCCCGCCCUGCGCCUGCUCACGUCAUGCUUCAGUGGGUGAGGGUGAUGGUUACUUCACAGACCUUACUCCCGCGGUACUUGGCCUGUUAGAAGACGUGAUGAGGAACUCGGCUUUCAUACGGAAGGUCAUGAUGCCGUACUGGGAAGCUGCGUUACUCGGCUUCCGGUCACACAGGUUUGCGGACUGUGCCAUGUUGCUACUGACGCAGCUGGAGGCGGGACUUAGGAGCGUUUUUGCCACCGUUAACCAGUGUCCGAGAAGACUUCUGACCGCUGAGUCCACGGCUCUUUACACCACCUUUGAUGAAAUAUUGGCAAAACACUUGAACGACGGUAAAAUCAAUCAGCUUCCUCUUUUCCUUGGAGAGCCUGCGAUGGAGUUUCUUUGGGAUUUCUUGAACCAUCAGGAGGGCCCUCGUAUAAGAGACCGUUUAAGCCAUGGGGAAAUCAACUUACCUGAAUUUCCAAAAGAAGUGGCAAAUCAGUUGCUUGCAUUUUCUGGGGUCCUUUUACUCAGAUUUGUUGGUGAAGAUCUGUCGGCAGCCUUCAAGGAGGAAGCGGCGAUCGGAUCCCUGGCUGCUCUCGCAGAUGGUUACAGCGCUCACUUCCACCCAGUUUCUCAGCUGAAAAAACAGGUGCUGAGCUGUGAGGAGAGCAUCCGAGUUUGGCCUCUCCCGCCUUUGCCUGAAGUGGCCGCCAGAUCAGUGGCUACUUCCGAAACUCAUGCCUGUGAGGCUUUCAUCACCGAAAUCCUGCCAGAGCUGCUCCGCCAUCUGCCCGAGUGCUCCGGCCUUGUCAGCGGCUGUGAUGGUCUCCCUACUGGGAGGUGGCCUGAGGCAAUCCAGGAACUCUGUGGCACCCGCAUCCGGACUCUGUUCUGUCCCAGAACCGUCCUGGAAGUGGUCACUGUGCUCCGAAGCAUCAGUGCCUGCUGCGCCUGUGUGUCCCGCCAGGUCGCUGCCUCGGCGGAGCUGAGGCACCAGCAGUGGGUGGAAAGGAGGCUGCGCUCACGGCAGAGGCAGACCUACUUGCACAUGGUCAGCAGUGUUAAGCUUCUGUCCCCUGUGCUUCACUUGAUUUUAUUGCUGAUUGCCCUGGAGCUGGUCAACAUUCACAUGGUUUGUGGAAAAAAUCCCUGUGAAUAUCAACAGUAUCUAAAGUUCUUGAAGUCCAUCUUGCAAUACACGGAGAAGCUGGUGGCUUACACCAGCCAGGAGAGGAACAAGUGGAGCGAAACUAUCAGUCUUACACGUGCAGCUCUACUGAAGAUUUGGAAUUUUACUGAGAAGAAACAAAUGUUAAUGCACUUAGCCAAGAAAUCUGCAAGUAAAGGAGUCUUAUGAAAACA